ACUCUUUUCUGUUUCUCUGAAUCUCCAUCUGAAUUUCACUCACUUCUAGGGCUUUAUCAACACAUUCUUCUGCCUCCAAUGGCAUUUUUUUGAGCAAUAAUGGCGGCUUCGGCUUCUUCCAGAGGAUUCACAGCGCCCAUAGGGGCCACAGUUGAGGUGUUUCCUACAUCACCUAAUGGUUUUGUAGAAUUUCGAAGGAAGAAGAGGAGUAGUAUCGGAGGUUUCUUCAGUAUACAAUGUUGUUGUUCAGAUUCUGUAAUGCCAAUUAGAGGUGGUAGUGGUUCUGGGAAUGGCGUUGAUAAAGGUGACGAUGGAAGGCUCGAUUCUAAGAAGAUCACUGCUAAUUAUAUGAGAACUCAAGCUUCUUCCCCAAUGCCCUUUGCAUCUCCUCAGUCUAGAUUCGUUUCAAAGCCAGAAAAAUUCUUUUCCCGAUGCACCCCAAGAAAUUCAGGCCCUAAGUCCCGUGAUUCUCCACCAAAACGAGACACGGGUAUUGCUAAUGAGAAAGAUUGGGGCAUCAGUAUGCUAAAUGAUAGUGUCAAUGAAACUGGAGUAAACGAAGACGGAAGUACAUGGUAUCGGGAGAGUGGGGAAGACCUUGGUGACAACGGGUACCGAUGCCGAUGGACAAGGAUGGGUGGUCAGAGCAGUGAUGGUACCUUAGAAUGGAAAGAAACGUGGUGGGAGAAAAGUGAUUGGACCGGAUACAAAGAACUUGGUGUUGAGAAAUCUGGGAAAAAUGUUGAAGGGGACGCAUGGUGGGAAACAUGGCGGGAAGUUCUUCACCAAGAUGAAUGGAGUAAUCUUGCUAGGAUUGAAAGGAGUGCACAAAAACAAGCAAAAUCAGGCACUGAGAACGCUGGGUGGUAUGAAAAUUGGUGGGAAAAGUAUGAUGCAAAGGGUUGGACAGAGAAAGGGGCACACAAGUAUGGCAGAUUAAAUGAACAAUCGUGGUGGGAGAAAUGGGGAGAACAUUAUGAUGGAAGAGGAUCUGUUCUUAAAUGGACAGAUAAGUGGGCAGAAACUGAGCUUGGAACAAAAUGGGGAGACAAGUGGGAAGAGAAAUUUUUCGCUGGAAUUGGUUCACGGCAAGGAGAGACUUGGCAUGUGUCACCCGUCGGUGAUAGAUGGUCCAGGACAUGGGGAGAGGAGCACUUCGGAAAUGGCAAAGUGCACAAGUACGGCAAGAGCACAACAGGUGAAAGUUGGGACAUCGUUGUGGAUGAAGGAACUUACUACGAGGCUGAACCUCACUAUGGAUGGGCAGAUGUUGUAGGCGAUUCAUCCCAGUUAUUGUCAAUCCAACCUCGAGACAGACCGCCCGGUGUGUUCCCAUCAAUGGAUUUUGGUCCAUCUCUGCCUCCAGAAGAUUGAGUUGCCUCCCACCUUGUCACAAUGACAAGCUGGUUUGUUUUCAAACAAGGUUGAU